AUGGACAUAUUGACACCAGACAAAGGCGGUGCCAUUGACAGCUCAACCUUCUGGCCCGCGUCCGUGCUAAGAUCGAGCUGGACCGCGUCAUCCUGGCCAACUCCUUUACAGAUGGUAUCAACAGCCUCACCAGUAGCAUGCGCUACUGCCACUCAUUUACUCACACAGCCAACUAGGAGAUCUCCUACUUUGACCACUGUCUCACCGCCAUGGUACAGCCUGUUCAUGCCCAGGUUCAGAUGGAAGAACGUCCCUCAACGGCACCCCGUGGAGAACUUCACCACACUCCCUUCAGGUCCGCUGGCUAGCAUUCCGCGGAUACAAGCACACUUUACGAUCGAGACGAAGGAGGAGAAGCAGGAACGGCAGUCACGUCUGGCAGCCGUAAAGGAGGCAUUUGUACAUUCAUGGGAAGGGUACAAGAAGCAUGCGUGGUUGCAAGAUGAGGUUGCUCCUAUGUCCGGACUGGCCAGUAAUGGCUUCGGAGGCUGGGGGGCCACUUUGGUCGACUCGCUGGACACAUUGUGGAUCAUGGGGCUGAAGAAGGACUUUGAUAUGGCGGUGUCAGAGGUCAAGACGAUUGAUUUCACCUCGAACGAGCUGGAAACGCUCAAUGUGUUCGAGACGACGAUUCGAUAUCUUGGAGGGCUGCUGAGUGCAUACGAUGUCAGCGGGCAGCGAAGUACGAUAUUGCUGGACAAGGCGGUGGAGCUAGGCGAGAUGCUGUACAAAGCUUUCGACACCCCUAACAGGAUGCCAGUGACAAGAUGGAAGUGGAAGAAUGGCGCAGAGGGCGUGGAGCAAGAAGCAGACCGAUUCGCUUUGCUGGCAGAGAUUGGCUCGAUGACUCUUGAGUUCACACGGCUAUCACAACUCACUGGCGACCCUAAAUGGUAUGAUGCCAUUGCCCGAAUCACGGACACCUUGCAGGCACAACAGAACGAUACGAAGAUCCCCGGACUCUGGCCGGUCAUGCUCAAUGCUAAGACGCAGGACUUCCACAAGGGCACCACAUUCACCCUUGGAGGCAUGUCGGACAGUUUGUAUGAAUACUUUCCGAAGCAGCACCUGAUGCUGGGAGGCAGAAAUGACCAGUACAGAGACAUGUACACGACCGCUCUUGAGUCUGCGAAGGAGCACAUAUUCUUCCAGCCGCUGAACCCGAACAACGAUCAGAUGCUGAUUGCAGGUUCCAUCCGAAGACACUCUGCGCAUAACGUCGAGCUGGUCCCAGAAGGCCAGCAUCUCAGCUGUUUCGCCGGUGGAAUGGUCGCUCUCGCAGCCAAAGUCUUCCAGCAGCCGGACGAGAUCUCGACCGCUCGCCAGUUGGUUGACGGAUGUCUGUGGGCCUACGAAAGCAUGCCCUCAGGCGUUAUGCCGGAGAUCUUCAAGGCUAUACCCUGCACCGGCGACUCUCACGACAAUUGCACAUGGAGUGAGGCCUCAUGGCACGCCGCCGUCUCCGAACACAUCCAGAAGAGCGAUCUCUCCAACCAAUCGCCCGAAUCCGCGCAGCGCGUCAUCAUGCAGCGCAACCUUCCACCCGGCGUCGUCGACAUCCCCGACGCUCGCUACAGCCUCCGACCCGAGGCGAUCGAAUCUAUCUUUAUCCUAUACCGCAUCACCGGCGACCGAACGCUACAAGACCGAGCGUGGCGGAUGUUUCAAGCCAUCAGCACUGCCACGAAAACAGACAUUGCAUAUGCUUCAGUGGAGGAUGUGACUGAAGAGCAGCCGAGACUGUAUGAUAGUAUGGAGAGUUUCUGGACGGCGGAGACCCUGAAGUACUUCUAUCUGGUCUUUAGCGAGCCGGAUGUUGUUAGUCUAGACGAGUGGGUGUUCAAUACCGAGGCGCAUCCUUUGUUACGGCCGACGUAG